AUGACAUUCGGUGCACCUUCCCAUCGUAUUGAAUCUCAACUCGUCGCCGCAGCCCGCAUCCUUGAAGUUGAUGCCGAAUUCAUUCACUUGCCAAGUGUUAUUAUCUGUUCGUUCGGUGAUUCAGAUACCAUGACAUCAGAAACACAUUUCAUCAAGUGUAGCGGACGCCUAGCACUCGGAAGUCUACACAAGGUCCACCUUAUCUACCGUGCUGUCGUACACGACGAGAUCAGUGCCAAAAAAGCAACUCAGAAGUUAGAGGAACUACUAACUGCCGCACCGCUUUACGGUCUCUGGUUUCGUUGUAUAUUGGCCUUCCUCCUGUCGGUACUCAUCUGUCCACUGUCUUUUGGUGGCUCUUUUCUCGACAUGUGGAUUGCUGGCGUCGGUGCAUUUCUUUUGAGUUUCUUACAGCUCACGCUGGCCGCAAAAAGUGCCAUGUAUGCCAAUGUUUUUGAAAUUACAACUGCUAUUUUGAUGUCUUUCACUGCUCGAGGACUGAGUAGUAUUAGGAGUGAAAUCUUCUGCUAUACUGCUAUUUCUUCUUCUGGCAUCAUAGGAAUUCUUCCCGGAUAUCUGAUCUUGAGUAGCUCUCUUGAGCUCGCGUCCAAAAAUAUUGUGUGUGGGAGCGUGAAGAUGGUUUAUGCCUUAAUUUACACCCUCUUUUUGGGGUUUGGUCUCCAAAUUGGCUCUGACUUGUACCUGCUCUUUGACCCUGAUAUCAUCAAUGGAUGUUACCGCCCUUCUUCUUUCCCAUGGUACAUUCAACCAUUCCCUCUCUGGACUCAAUUCGUCAUUGUUCCAAUUUUCUCCCUCCUUUCCUCGCUCGCUAAUCUGCAGCCCUGGAAGAGCAAGCAGCUACCUGUCAUGAUUGUGAUUUCUUGCGCGUCAUAUGCCUCGAAUAGUAUAGCCAAUCACUACAUAUUCAACCGUUCUGAUAUCGUUUCCGCCAUCGGAGCAUUCACAGUCGGGCUCCUCGGAAACAUCUACUCACGCAAGAUGGGCGGUACAGCUUUUACAUCCAUGGUUACUGGUGUACUGUUCUUGGUGCCUUCUGGUCUCUCACAAGCGGGAGGUAUCACUGCAAAUGAUGGCAAUGGGGUUGACAUAGGUGGCGCCAUGAUUGCUGUGACUAUUGGUAUUACGGUCGGACUGUUCAUGAGCCAAGCGCUCGUAUACAUGUUUGGAUCGCGGAAGAAUGCUGCUGUUUUCUCUUUCUGAUUCUGUGUCACCAUGGGCAGAUAUUCCUCUGGACAAAGACACAAGUAUAUUAAAUAUACCACGGACCUAGUGAUAAAUAUUUAUAGAAGCUUACCGUUAGAUCAAAGUACUGUAUAUCUUGAACUCCAACAAAAACACUACAUACAUACCACAAUAAAA